AUGCUCAGCAACUGGAAGGAGUGCGAGGACGGGGGCGACAUCAGCCCCGAGAAGCAGACCGAGUCCGGGUACGACUCCGGGUACGUCUCCCAGGUCAUGUCCCGGUCCAGCAGCACCGACCAGUUCAGCAGCGCGUUAGCAGUCCCCAGGUUGCCGCUCGUGUGGGCGAGGGUGUCCGAACACCUCCACCUGAUCACGGUUUGGAUCGUCACCGUCUACCCGUGCGUGCUCGUCGACAACUCCCUCUUGAUGACCACGAACGCCUCCGUCAACAUGAACCCGCCCUUGCUCAUCACCUUGUUGCUGCUCGUGGCCUUCUUGUUGGCGCUGUUCCGGAACAGGACCGCGGCUCUGGGCUUGUGCAUGGUCACGGACAGCCGCCAGCAGACGUUCAUCGACAUGCCCAUGGUGCUCGCGAGAGCCGCACAGCCAUAUCGACCUCAACAUGGACGCCGUCGCGCGCACGUUCAUCUUCAGCCUAUCAAUGUCAGCAUGACCACCAACGGGGAGCCGCCGGCGUACGCCACCAUCCCCCGCCCACGGCAGGCGACCUCGAUCCCGACCUCGGUGACCACGAGCACUCCGGAGUCGUACAUCCAUAUCCUCACGGACGAGCUCUGCGGCACGAGCUGCGACAACCACGCCUGCACCGCCAUGCCCAGGCACAUAGCCGCGUACUCGCCGAUGACCAUGAAGAUUGCCUUGAGCACCAUCGUGUCCAAGAUCGUGACCGACAUGAACAACGUGCGAAAGCUCGACCUCGAGAGCACGAUCGUGUGCUGCAACGGGAAGGCGAUCGUGUGCGUGUUCGACUCCAUCGGCUCGCGGAUGGGCAUGGGCGACGCCUCGAACAGGGUCACGACCAUCGACGGCAUCAUCAGCAUCAUGAAGGCCUGGAACAAGAACAGGCAGAUCCUCUGCUUCGCGACCACCAGGAGCCCCACGGACAUCGACAGCAACAUGACCCUGUUCGACAACUGCACCAUGGACAUCAUCGGGCCUCGGCGGAGGACACCACCGGCGAGAGCACCAUCUCCGCCGUCAUGA